CCUGCGAGCAGGGGUCAGGCACAGCCGCGCUGCCUGACGAUGUCAUCUGUAAAGUGCACUUGAAGAGCUUUGUGGAGCAGCAGGGCUUGGUGGGCUACGACCCCAAUCUCGAUGUCCUUCUUGUGACAGAGGGGAAGCUGCGGUCCCUGGCUGAGCUGCAGGAAGCCGUGCUGGAGUGCACGGCUGCAGGCCAGGGGAGCCACUGCAGCAUCGUGCACGUGGUGAGCUGCGAGGAGGAAUUCCAGCAGCAGCAGCUGGAUCUGCUCUGGAGGAUUUUGGAUCCAGGAGCCCACACAGCUUUGCAGAAACACCUUGUCUGUGGGCCAGUGAAGGUGACAAACCCCUCAUCGCCCAUCGGGGCAGACCAGUAUUUCCAGCUCCGAAAGCGCCAGAUGUAUGAAGCCUCCGUGAUGAAGUAUGGGGAGCUUGCGCAAGAUGAGGCCUGGACUGAGGUGAUCGAUACCCUCACAGUGGCUGCCAUCAGGUUUGAGAUGCUGAGCACUGCUCAUCGCAGUCAGAUCACCCUGGACCUGGAGGACAGCAGCAUCUCCACGAAGGGAACCAAGAGUGGUGCCUUCGUGAUGUACAACUGUGCCCGGCUGGCCACACUCUUCGACACCUACCAGCGGGCUGUGGAGCGGGGCACGUACCCACCUCUGCCACCAGCAUCAGAACUGAACUUCUCCUGCCUGCAGGAAGAGGGUGAAUGGCUCCUGCUCUUCAACUAUCUCCUGCCAUUCCCUGAAGUCCUGCAGCAGGCAGCACAGCUGCCUGAACCCACCAAGGGGAUCCGGAUCACAGCCAACACAGAGACAGUGUGCAAGUUCCUGAUCCAGCUCAGCAUGGAUUUCAGCUCCUACUACAACCGAGUCCACAUCCUGGGGGAGCCGUUCCCUCACCUCUUUGACCAGAUGUUUGCCCGCCUCCAGCUGCUGGGAGCUGUGAGGGAUGUGUUCCACAGCAUGCUGGCAACCCUGCACCUCCCUCCUCUCAGCCAGAUCUGAGGCAGCACUGAAGAGCCGUGUCACAGUGCGACAGGCAUCAGGACAGCGUCCCACGAGGGGAAGGACAGGGCACGUCCCCCUGGCAGGG